AUGUCGGAAGACACGACUCAAUAUCUGACCCCCACCUAUUCUCUUGGUGGCGCGGGUAAUUUUGCAGCGCAAUCAUCAUCCAACCGUGCCCUACUCAAGGACGAGUUAUUGAGACGUGUCAAGUAUGACGAUCCGACCGUAUUCAAGAGACUCCGCAUCUACGACGAGGACGCCACCAUCGUCGAUCGCUGCCACGAACGCUAUCAAGCCGAGCAGAAUGAUAAUCUCCAGAGACUGCUUCAAGUCACUGGCAUGGAUGAAUCUCGUGGCGAGAACAGCGGCGGCGCUCUGGGCACGAAGAAGCGCAAGCGGGAAGUGGAACAGAAGAUGUAUGAGCCCCUCCAAAGCAUAUUCACCUAUUUAGCCAACGUCGACGGCCGCGAAGGCGCGAUACGGGGAUUCAUUGAGGCCGCGCAAGUUCCACAUGCCUGGGGCCCCCCGACCGCGGCGAAAGAUGCGUUCACUCCGGGUUUCCCUCGACUUCGUCCUGACUUCGACCUCGUCAACCCCGGCUCUUCCGCGCACUAUUGGGACCGUUGCGUAGGGUUCGCUGAGGUCAAAGCCGACCAAGAGGAGGGUAACCUUCCCCACGACGUGAACAAGACGGUGAAAGAGGUGGUUUUGCAGUGCGCGGAUUACGCGCGCAUCCAUCUGGCUUGCCGCCAGUUCUGGGUCUUCAGCGUCGUGCUAAUGAUUACGGCGAUGGAUUUCCGGGUGGCGAUCGUUGAUCACGCGGGUGUCCUUCUCUCUCCGCGACACAGCAUCAUCGACGAUGGCGGCGACGGCGCCGCGGGCCAGCGGGACGCGAGGAUGUUCGUACGGGUCGUGCGUGCUCUCACCCGAUCGCUGAGCGAGAGGGAGCUGGGACAAGACCCUUCCGUCACGCCGCUAUCACAGAAGGAACUGAAAGAGCUUGCGCAAAGGUCGUCGAUCCCCGACGAGCUCAGGCGGGCGAUCGUGUCCGGGAACGACGAUUACUACCCCGCGUAUACUAUACCGUUCCACGGCUCUGACGCCCGAACCUGGUGCACAGUUGGACCGCCUAUCUGGGUCUCUCUUUCACCAUUCGGCCGAGGGACGACCGUAUGGCGUGUAGUCGAGCUAGUGACGUCUCCGAAACGCGUCUUCUCUGGCGAGAUGCGCGUACUGAAGUCGUCGUGGCGCGAUCAGCGGCAGUCGCCUGAGGCGGCAUUGUACAGGGCAAUCGGCACGUAUGAAGACUGCCCUCCGGGCGUUCCUAAAUUGCUGUGCGGCGGAGACGUGUUCUACGGGGACCGUCAGCCGCUAAAACUGUUGACCACGGCACAGUUACGUGGCGACCAAGAGUCCAGCGAGUCGAAGGUGCUUCAUCGCCUCGUUCUGUCCAUUGUUGGCGAGGGCUUGUGGAAGUAUACGGACGAGUUGCAGCUUCUGCGUGCGUUCCGCGCGGUCGUCGAAGUACACGAGUAUUUGUGUAGCAAGGGAAUCAUUCAUGGGGACAUCAGUGCGGGAAAUUUGCUUCUCUGGCCGGGACCCUCGGCGAAGGCUGCCGGCUUCCUAUCUGAUUUCGACUUGGCCCAUUUCGACGAGAGUGUGCUGCCACACGCGCAGGAGGAACCCGUGAAUAUGGCAUCCAAGGUCGAACAUACCAGUGUCACUGACGAUACACGCGGUCACAUCCCUGUCACUGGAACCCUACAGUUCAUGGCACUUGAACUCCUGGGCUCUAUCAGUUCCAAAAAAUCCAUUGGACACACUGCAGCUCAUGAUCUUGAAUCCAUCAGCUAUGUUCUAGGCUACACUGCUCUGCGGCGACUUGCCAGCAGCCAGGGUUGUCCCGAAUUGCUUGACAAGUACUUCAAGAAGGUGUUUGGUGCCAUGUCACUUCUUGAUAUCAUGGAGUGGCGUGAGAGUGGAGCACCCUUGGUAUGGGCUGUCAAAACCAGCUGGGACAAUCAAGUACAAACAUUCAUAGCCCAACAUCUGUCCCGGCCUGUGCUUCAUGUUAUGCGCUACAUGAAUGAAGCCAUCCAUGAUGCCCAUGUUAGGCUCCAGAAUGCCAAUGAAGAUGACAUGUAUAGUUCUGAUGAAGACUCAGGCAUUCAAACCAGUGGAGAGACAGACUGUACCCACAGCUACUACCUGAAAGUUCUGGAUCAAGGCAUCAAGAGACUGGAGAAGUCACCAGCAUCUGUGAAGACAUUUAAUGCAGCUACCCAAUCUCCCUCCUCAGCUUUGUCUCAGUCUUCUGGCAACCCCAAGAAGAAGAGGAAGGCAGACUGAUGCUGGACAUCUUGUCAUUAUAUGAUAUCAAUUCUGGGAUGUAGGAGUAGCGGAGGAUGACUAGCACAAGGAACAC